AACAUUGUCCCAAGGAUAUUUUUUCUGAUAAUCGCUGUUCUACAUUUCCCGCCAACAUGGCAAAUAUGGCGGCACUCCGCCAGUUUCCCGCCAAACCAUCUCGGAGCCCUCGUAUGGCGCAGAUCGGUCGUGUAUAGCGGUGUAAGGCAGUCGUGUUUUUCUGCGAUUUUCCAUCGGUUUUCCGACGAAAAUGGGGCAGUCGGACGACGUCGAGGACUCUACGUACAGCAGACAUCAGGAUUUGUGUCAAAAAUUGAAUAUGGAUGCGACUGCCGCAUCCGAGGCCUGGAAAUCAUACGAGACGAUCCGACAGAAUUAUACUCUCGAGGGUGAUCAAUUGCAUUGGAUAGGGUGUGCACUGUAUGUAGCAUGCCGUAAGUCUUCUAUACCCACUGUUGGAAGAACAGGAACUAAUGUGGAAGGAAACUGUGUAUCACUUACUCGUUUAUUACAAUUGUGUAAUCUUUCGCUGAUACAAUUCUUUACAAAGAGUAAAUCAUGGGCAGAUAUGGCAAAUAUGCCGCAAGACUUUCGCUCAAAAAUCGAGAAAUUGGAAGGAAACUUCUCCGUAUCUAUGGUUAUAUUCAAAAAGUAUCAACCAAUUUUCAAUGAUAUAUUUAAAUAUCCAGCAGAAGAUAUCUCAAGACCACCAAGAUCAAGGAGACACAAAGCACUGCCUUGUACACCUGCAAGAGUAUUUGAAUUCUGCUGGGCCUUAUUUAUUUGUAUAAAAGGAGCAUUCCCUGAUAUCUCUGAUGAUUUAGUUAAUUCCUACCAUUUACUACUAGUUUGUUGUGAUCUUAUAUAUAGCAAUGCUUUGUUGGCUAAUAGGAAAGAUCUCUUAAAUCCCAAUUUUCCAGGUCUGCCUACAAAUUUUAAUGACGAGAGCUAUACACCUCCUCAAACAGCAAAUUGUAUAGUCACUUUGUUGUGCGAACGUCAUGAAGCUAUUGCAGUUGAGGCUAAAGUAAUUAAGGAGUAUCAUUUAAAAAAUCAUAUCAAAAAAUUGUUCGACGAAAGAGUUCUGCGUGGAGAUCCAGUAUAUUUUUCUGGUAUUUUGGAAGCUUUAAAUUUCGAUGGAAACAAUAAAGCUAUCAACAAAGUAUAUGAACAACAUGUGCUGAGUGUGGGAGAUUUUGAUGAAAGAAUAUUCUUAGCUGAUUGGAGGCGAGUCAGACUAAAUGGAGUAUCGAGCUUGGAAAUAGUUGGAGGAGAAAUAGCAUAUGCUAAAUUAGCCAAACAUAUUGCUCUAAAAGAUCAUGAUGCUAGUAAUAAUAUUGGUUCUCCUACACAGAUGAUGAAUGUUGGAGAUUUACAAGAACAAUUUCAACUGAAAAGGGAGCAAUACAGUGGGAUACAGCACUUAGCUCCACCAACUCCGCUAACCGGGCGGGGCUAUCUUAGACCAAAAGAUAUUACGAAUGUAACACCAGUGUCCACUGCGACACAAAGUGUAAUUCGACUACAAGCUAUGUUGGCUGGACAGACUUCGCCAAGCGAGAAUCUUCUCCAAAUAUUGAAUAACUGUUCUCAAGAUGUAAAAUCGUUGGUAGAGACAAAGGUGAAAGAAAUAGGGGAACAGUUUUAUGCGAAUUACAACAAAAGCACGAACCUGAACGAGACCACUUCAGACUUCGGAAAGAAGAGGCUUUAUUUGGGUCAGACUCUAUUUUACAGACUUCUAGAAAUGAUCUUAAACGAAGAGAAACGCAAGAAGCCAAGUUACGAUGUGACGAAUCUUCUUACAAAUGAAAUUUUCAUACAAUGCCUAUUUGCCUGCUGUUUGGAGAUCGUUAUUUAUUCGUACAAAAGCAACGAUAAGGUUUUCCCUUGGAUUUUACAUGCAUUGAAUCUAGACGCCUACUAUUUUUACAAAGUGAUAGAAAUUAUAGUUAGAGCGGAGGACCAAUUAUCGCGCGAUGUCGUGAAGCAUUUGAAUCAGGUAGAGGAGAAGAUUUUAGAAUCUCUUGCAUGGCAGAGCGACAGUCCUCUGUGGGGAGCCAUUCAGUCGACGACGGAAGGUGUUCCUAGUUGCGAAGAAGUUUCGUUACCGGGAACAUUGGAAACCGUAGAUCCAAAUAUUCCUGGACAACCGGUGUUACGGAGAAUCGCGUUGGAUCGUGGUACCCACCACGAUGUACAACAGAGCCCCAUCUCCUCGGCUUCGGAGAGAUUUCAGUCUCCCGUUGCGGCUUCGGGUGCAAUCAAGAAGCGCCUGUUUGCCGACCAUACCAGACAUCUCGGUGGUCAGAGCGUUCUACGUGUAGCUGGUCAGAGUGUUUUACCACCGAAAGUUCUGGCUAUAGACGGUAAUCCAAGAAUUCUGUUGCUGCCCGAGCAGAUAACUGUUUCCCGAGCGUCCAGUGUUCAGUCCACGACUACACCGAUCCAAACCAUGACGAUGAAUAGGGAGCCAGCGAAACCGAAGCGAACAGGCUCGGUUGCGCUUUUCUUUAGGAAAUUUUAUAAUCUUGCAAGCGUACGCAUGUCUGAUCUAUGCGGUUCUCUAGAGAUAAUGGACACCGAUCUAAAGAGAAAAAUCUGGACAAUUUUCGAAUACUCGAUCAAGGAUAGAACAGAGCUAAUGAAGGAUCGGCAUCUCGAUCAGAUAUUAAUGUGUGCAAUUUAUGUGAUCUGUAAAUUAGCAAAACUGGAGAAGAACUCGUUCACGGAGAUCAUGCGGUGCUAUCGGUUACAACCACAGGCAGAAUCGCAUAUAUACAGAUCGGUGCUCAUCGCGAAAACGUCUUCGAACCAGUUACAGCCGAGCAACGAGGAAUCCGGUUCGAAAGAGGUUCCGGACAAAGAAGCAAACGUAGCACCACCUACGCCUUCACACAUGGCGGGAACUUCGCAAAGCUUUGGCGAAGAGAUACGCGGCGACCUGAUCAAAUUUUAUAAUACAGUAUAUGUGCCCCAAGUGAAAGAAGUGGCAAACAAAUUAGGAUUGGCACGUGGUAGUGUAAUGAAUCUAUCAUUGAGUCCACUUCCGAAGGGGAAACCUCCAGCAAGCUCGCCAGUCAGACACGUAACCAGUAGUAUUAUGACUCGUAACCUGGAUCCGAAAGCCAUUUCUGCAUCUCCAGCACCACAACUUAGUUAUUGUUUCAGUCGUAGUCCUGCUAAGGAUUUGGAGGCUAUUAAUAGGAUGAUGAUUUCUGUUGAUCCGAAGCGUGCGGUUGGUAAGAGACUUUUAUCGGAUGACACGGAUGUAGAAAUGACGGAAGUAUCUCCGAAAAAGAAAUCUACCUUUGUCGCUCGUAAAUUGGAAAAUAUAAUCGGCGAAAGGCGCACGCAGAACCAAUAAGAAUCGCCGAACACGUUCCAUAAAAAAUCGCUACGCAAUGGUUAAUGAAUAGAGAACGUUCCGAAGACAUUUGUAUUUCCGUUUUGAAUAUAAAUUCAUUGAAACUUGAAUAUAUAGAGGGAAAAAAGCAUUUUCAAAGAUGAAUUUCUAUUUCUUGGCUGUGUGGCUUAAAGUAAAUGAAUUGUUCGCUUUCUCAGGUAUGAUCAUGUUAGAAACAGAGAAAAGAUACGUAUGGCAUCUAAUCGUAUGUAAAGGUACGAUACUAUUGUUUUGAAUGGAGCCAGAAUUUUACUUCCAGUAUUUUUAUAAAUUUCACGUAGUUGAAUAGUAAUUGAAGUUAAGCAUUUCUCUCUUAUCUUUUUAUUUUCAUAUGGUUCGAGAACAUUUGAUUUACGAGUUCUUGGAUUCAUGAUAUAUAAUUAAUCCUCGCAGUACUGGCCGUUGAGUGUUCACGCGAAGCCCCAAGAUUGGCUCCUUAUGUAUGCAAACAUUUUGAACUUAAAUUUUGUUGUUAUUAUUAUUAUCUUAAUGUACUUUUUUUUUUAAACAAGUCGGGCUUCGAGCUCUGAGUACGAAAGAACCCUUAACAUAGUACGGCGAGGGUUAAUUUUUAUAUUUUAUAAACAUGGAUUAAGUUAUGGUUCUAUGUACUGGAAAUAGUUCUGACUACUAAUAAUAUCAUUGGUCAAUGGUAUUUUGAUCGAGCUAUGUACUCUCUCUGAAGUUUAUGUAUUUAUAUACACAUAUGUAUGUGUGUCUGAAUAUAUGUAUGUUAUAUUCAGGGUAUCUCUUUAUAAUUUUCCACGUAAUUAUUUAUCAAAAGUUAUACUAUAUUCAUAGAAAUAGUUUAGAUGAAGUUAUGGAAACAAUUUCUGUCUAAAUAUUUUGUUGUAUAAUGACUGAUCAAGACAUAAUUGCGUGAAUGAAUUAUAAUUGGACAUUCUAUAUAUGUAUACAAAUGUGUAUGAUGAAUUUGUAAAAGUAAUGCCUAUAGAUGGUAAAUGGACUCCAUUUCACCAGUAGUUUUAAGCAUCCUCCGAAGUUAAUAGAGUACUCGGAGUAUGCAAACAUAAUUUGGGUGAUAUUUAAUUAAAUUUUUUAGGAAUAAGUUACAAAAUUCUUAACGGUUCAUCGUCCAAUGUAUUUUGCUUGGUCUUAAAUGUAAUAAGUUAUUUGCGUUUAUUCGCUAACUAUUUCGAAUUUUUGCAACACGUGAUGCCGUACAUUUAGUUAUAAGUAUUUUUCAAAUUUGACUUCUGAUCUCAUUAAUCUGCUUUUAUACCAAACAAUAUGAAUGUAUGUCUACAUAUAAUAGUAUGUCUACAUACAUAUAAAUUACAAAUAUCAUUAAUAUUAUUAUUGUAAGAUAAGAUCGAUAUUCGAUGUGGUAAGAUUGAAAAGAAAGAUUUUUGUUUUUUUUUUCUUUUUUUUUUGUUCAGUUAGUCUUGUACAGUAUGGACGAUAUAAGUAAAAAGCCAUUAAACGUAAAAACAGAUAGUUCAUCAGAUAGACAUCAUAGCAUGAUCAUAUACAAAUCUCUCAGUAUCACCGUUCGCAUAACAAUUCUUUGAAUAUGUAUUUACGAAUGUUUUCAACUAAACCGACGAAACUCUGUCAGGAGGUUUAAGUGUCGAGAUCUUAUUUCUCGUUGCGCAAUUAUGGCAGUUCCUCUAACAACUUCUCCUUUUAGAUAAAAUGGAAAUGUAAAGUUUUAUUGGCAUAUAAUUAAUUAUUAAAUAGUUUACAUGUACAUAGUAUUGUAACUCGAAAGUAAAUUAGAAAGAAUAAAAAUCGAAAAUUUUAUAUGUUA